AUGAUCAAAGAGGAUUUCAACAAUUAGAUGAAGUCAAGAAUUCAAAUAAGAGCUGAUACACUAAAAGAGAUCUCAAAGCGCAAAGAUUCUGUGUAAAAGGAACUUGAUGCUAUCAAAGAUUAGAUCAAAGAGUUAAAUUUGAAGUACAAGGAGGGUCAGAGUAAGAACUCACAGAAAUUCACAAACCCUACAAACACCAAACUCUUUAUCAAAAUUUCUGAGAUACUAAUUCUCCAGGCAGACAUCAAGUCAAAGAACGGGAGGCUGUAUUAUACAAUUAGCGACAAUGAAGAUCAGUUCAACACUUCAAAGCAAGAAGAGUGCAAUGUGAUUGAGCAUUAGGACAACCAAAAGGAGCGAAGAAUUUAUGUGUUCAAAGAGAAGUUUUAAUUCAUACUGAAAACUGGGUUGGAAUAGCUACAGAUUAAGCUAUAUUCAGUUGAUCAAAGCAAUCAUGAAAAAGAGCAGUCUGCAUAUAUUUACAAGGUGUCUGAUAAGCUAAAGUAUCUAAUUGAUCAGAGAGAUCACGUUGAGUAAAUAUAUCUAUCUCAUAUAACGAAUAGGAUGAUAAAUGACAACAAUUUUGAGUUGAAAAUAGUAGUCAGAUGGAUUUAUGACAUGGAUAUCGAAAGGCUUAGUGAACUUUAACAGAAGCAGUACUUAAUUGAAAAAGACUUGUUUAUAAUUGAGGAGCACUACUCCAAGGCAAUAAAGAACAUUCAAUAAAUGUAGUAGAAAGCACCUCAGAUUACUCAUAUGAAAGAGGAGUGGGGAGUGUUCCUUAUAAGUCCAAAGGCCAUUUAGCACCAAGUUGUUAAUCAGUUGUCACUGCAAAAUUCAGCGCAUGGACACAAGUAUAGUAUCUCAAGUGCAAACCAAGUAAAUAUAACAUAGAAUAGUAGUUCAAGCUAGCACAGUGGGAACAAGAGCUAAAAUAGUCAGAGUAGAUCAUUAAAUAAGAUUAAUUUUACUAAGAGUAGAACUAGUCAAGCAUCUAAUCAAAAGCAAGUCAAUAGUAAUUAUUUCGCAACACAUUAGCAUCAUUUGCCUGAACACGUGAUCAAGAAAGUGAAUAUAGAUCUUGCUACUUAAGAUAAUAAUCAAAAUUAGAAUGGCAACUGGCAGUUCAACUCACCUUAAUAAAAAUAAUUUCUGCCACCCACCUAGGAUAAUUUAAAGAAAUUAGAAAACAAGAAGAGGAACCCGAUUGGAGGGUCAAUAAUGGAUUCUAUAUUAGAAGAUGUAAUCAAUAAGAAGCCUUCAGUGGCUAAGUCUGUAGCACUUUCUAACAUGUCAUCUUUCAGCACAAUGAGAACAGGCACCUUCUUCAAAAUGGUUGACUCCCCUUUUAAGUUUUCCUUAAUGAGUUCCUUCAAUAAAAAUGACUAGAAAGCACCCUAAAGCACAAUAAACGGCAUAGGCCAAACGACAAGUGGUGGUCAUAAACUAAUGCAUCAAGCCAAUAGCUUUAAUUAAGGUAUAAACAAAAGAAUUCUAGAUCAGUAAGUGCUUCCCUAAUAAACUAUGAGACUCACAAGUAUUAGGGAUUAACUAGCUAACCAAGACUAGUUAUAAAUAAGACAAUAAAUAGCUGCCAAGAAAAUUGGCUCUGUUGAUCUUUCAGACGAUCUCUGA